AUGGAAUCGGCCAACAGAACUGUGGUAAAGGGUUUUAUCAUCCUGGGCUUUUCUGCUUCUCCACAGAUCCGCAUUCUGUCCUUCAUGCUAGUCUUGGUCACCUAUAUUCUCACAGUAACUGCCAAUGUAAUCAUCAUCUCAGUCAUUAAGACAAAUCAUAAACUUCAGCGUCCCAUGUAUUACUUCCUGGGUAAUUUCUCCUUCAUGGAGAUUUGGUACACAACGUCCACUGUGCCCAAGAUGCUAGAAAGUUUCCUGGUUGGUGAGAGUACUAUCUCUGUGGCAGGCUGCAUCUCCCAGCUUUACCUUUUCUUUGCCUUGGGCUCCACUGAAUGUUUCUUGUUAGCAACUAUGGCCUAUGACCGCUACUUGGCUAUCUGCCGUCCUCUGCAUUAUCCAACACUUAUGACUCUGCAAAUAAGUACCUGGAUGGUGACAGCAGCCUGGGUGGCUGGAUUUCUUGCCCCCUUGGUUCCUAUUGUCCUUAUUUCUCAGCUUUCAUUCUGUGGGCCUAAGGAAAUCCACCAUUUCUUCUGUGAUGCUGGGCCCCUGCUGAGGCGAUCAUGUGGUGCUGCCUUUCUCAGCUCAACACUUGUGACAGUGCUGGCCUCCAUGGUCAUCCUCAGCACCUGUUUGCUCACUAUGGUGUCCUACACCUUCAUCAUCUCCACCAUUCUCCAUAUCCCUUCAGCCAGUGGGAGGCAGAAGGCAUUUUCAACUUGUGGCUCUCACCUCACUGUGGUGGUCAUUUACUAUGCCACAGUCAUCUUUAUAUAUGUACGGCCGAUCUCCCCUACUGCUUCUGAACUGGACAAAGUGGCAUCAGUCUUUUAUGCAGUAGUCACCCCACUUCUGAAUCCAAUAAUUUAUACCCUAAGAAACAAGGAGGUUAAGGAAGCUCUGAAGAAGUUGGUGAUCAGGAAGCAGGUGUUUGUGAAGAACAUUGGAACUGUAAUCAUGGUUUGCUGGUAG